AUGCGCUUUUUUGUGUACCAUACCAUCUGUCUUUACUUAUACCUCAAGCCUGCAUUUGCCUUCUUCAAGGUGCCAUGCAGUACGCCGCUGGUUAUCGAGAGAGCGGACCCGCUCAUCUCGCCAGGAGUAGCCUCCAAUCAUGUCCACACCAUCAUGGGAGGGUCCGGUUUUGGAUUUACCAUGGACUAUGACAUGACACAAACUUCACAAUGCAACUCCUGCUCUCCGAUUGAGGACAAAUCCAACUAUUGGGUUGCGGCACUCUACUAUCACGCCCAAAAUGGUAGUUUCAUUCAAGUCCCACAGAACGGCGGAGCAUUGAUUUACUACGAGCAACGUCCAGAUCCAACUACCAAUGGUACGAUAGUGGCUCCCCCGCCUGGCUUCCGGAUGAUUGCCGGUAGUCCAUUUGAUCGCCAAUACAAGGACACAAUCGCUGCCGAUGCGCGUAGCUUCGCCUGUCUCAAUUACGAUGGCCCUGCCACACCCCAGACAAAUGGUUUUCCAAAGACAAAUUGCCCGAAUGGCAUCCGUGCACAGAUCUACUUUCCUUCCUGUUGGGAUGGAGUCAAUCUGGACAGCCCUGAUCAUAAGUCACACAUGGCAUAUCCGACUCAGACCUAUGACAACGGCCCAUGCCCCGCAUCUCAUCCCGUUCGGAUCGUGUCCAUAUUUUACGAAAUUACCUGGCACACCGAGGCCUUUGCAGAAAUGUGGUAUGGUGACAGCCAGCCAUUCGUGUUUUCUUUUGGCGAUCCCACAGGGUACGGCUUACAUGGUGACUUUGUCAACGGGUGGAAUGUUGAUGUUCUCCAAGAAGCGAUCGACACCUGCAAUGAUGGUGGCGGUGAUAUAACCCAAUGUUCGCCAAUCCACCUCUACCCCGACACCAUCACAGAUAGCUGUCUUUUGGAACAGUCAAUUGACGAAGAAGUCGGAGGAUGGCUAGAUGCCCUCCCAGGCUGCAAUCCCAUUCAGCCCGGUCCCAAUGAUGCGACUAUUUUUACGAACUGUGGUGCCCCUACGCAGAUUGGAUCACCACGGCACUACUAUACCGAUGUCACGACUAAGCUUGGCUGGGAAUGGAUCGGUUGCACGGUCGACAACGCAGGCGGCAUCCGCAUUCUUACAGGCUCUAGUUCACGGGGGCCUGACAUGACCCCUGAAAAGUGUAUCCAGAAUUGUAAGGCAGAUGGAUACAAAAUUGCAGGCCUGGAGAACUCCCUAGAGUGCUAUUGUGGCAAUAUCCUUGACCCUGCCAAUGAGCCGAAGACCACCCCAAUGGGGAAUUGUCUAUAUCCCUGCAGCGGCGACUCUGGUCAGAACUGUGGUGGAUACGGAUUUAUUGGACUUUACCAGGAAUGCAAUGGGGACUGUCAAAAUUUGCAGUACCCUGUGGUUCCCCACUAA